UUGGUGGAAGACGUUUAGGUUUCUCGAUAUAAGUUUAACAAAAUAAGAAUUUUUUACUUUGUUAACAAUAUGAGAACGUUCAAGACUGUGUGAGUUGUAUAAUUAUAAAACGCCUUUUUGUGAUAAUUGUAUCGGUAAAGUGAUAUUGUAAUUAACGGAGAACUAAAUUGUUAAAAUGAUCAUUGCGCGUCACAUAUUUAAUGGAUUUAAUGAGAAAAAAUAGUAUGCCACAUAUUUUGUGGGUUGCAUGAAAUAUGUAACUUUAUUUUGAAAGCAAUGCGUUAUGAUUGUAACCUUUAUAAUUAACUGUGAUUGAAUGGUACUUCGUUUUUGGCAUUUCAUUCUAAGAAUAACAUUUAAACGGACCUUUUAACCGCCUGAAUGCAACUAUCAACAACGACAUCGGCGCCUCACAGCGCAAAAAGCGGCACCGACAGCAGCGAGUACGUCUACGUCAUCAUGACGGCGAUCACCGCUGGCCUCUCCAUAUUCGGUGGCAGCGCUAUCUGUGUACUCUACUUCGCGUUUAAGGAUAUGCGCUCCCCUGGGAGGCAGCUGCUACUGUACGUCGCAUUCUCGGAUGCCAUGCUCGCGCUAGGGAAUCUACUGGGAAUCAUUUGGUACCUGUACAGCGACUCUGAGGUCAUCAACAGAAGCGAGGCGUUCUGCGAUUUCCAGAGCGCAAUGACGAUAUAUUUCAGUAUCACGUCGUUCAGCUGGACGGUGACGAUAGCCGUGUGCCUCUUCGCGAGCGUCGUUCUGGCAAAGACGCAGUUUACUUCACGUUACAUGAAGCUGUUCCACGUCAUUUCAUGGCUGCCGGGAGUCGUGAUCACGGCGGUGGCCUGGGGGAUGGGCGUUCUAGGGACGGAUACCAGCCUGGAGACCGCCAGCUGGUGCUGGAUCGACCCCCGCACUCCCCACACCCUGCUCUGGCAGUUCGUCACCGGCAAGUUCAUGGAGAUCGUCGCCUACAUCACCACCGUGGUCCUGUACACCGUCCUCAAGAUAUUCCUACAAAAACAGGCUAAAAAGAAGAUGACCAUGGUUGCUAGGAAGAAGUCGCGAAAGAACACGAUCGAGGAGGCCAACAGGAAAUUGACGUUUGUGCCGUUGGUGUUCAUCGUGUGCCGGAUCUGGGGGACCCUGCGUUUCCUAAUCGGAAACUUCGGUCAGUCAAUCGUGAACGAGCCUUACGUGACCUGGAUCAACCCUCUACAGGGUAUAGGAGACAGUGCUCAGGGCAUUGCCAACUUUGUUUUGUACUGUUACUCUACGGAGUCCAUACGGAAAAGAAUGCUUAAGCCAUUCGGAUGUUACAACAGAGUUGAUGACGUCACAAUGGCUGACGUCACAGAUACGGCUGCAACUGUUAAAGCGGUUGACAAGAGCGUCUCUGUUGCUCCAACCAACUCAACCGUGCUGUGUGAUUCAGUUAGAAAACUAAAACGCGGAUCGCAAUCCUCAAUUUUAUCGAAUGAGACUAAAAACAAACAAAAUGCCGUAGAUGACGAAAUGCCGACAUCGUCUGUUAUGAUUGAUCCCAAGAAGCUAACAUACGAUUUGAAUACUGCAGAUAAUGCCAACACGUCGCGCUCUAUCAUUCAAGAUUCAAUAUCACUAACGAUUAACGUAGGCAAUCAGCCCAAAGCAAAGGCUGGCGUCGAUCCAUGUACAGCUGUAAACGAGAAAAAUGAAAACGGAUCUUCAAAGCUCACGAUUAAUCAUUCUGACUGCCGAGAAAUCCGAAACGAGACAUUGGCGCCUGUUGAGACACCAGAGAUCGAAGGUCAACAUUCAAGUUUAGCUUGCAAUGUAGUGGGAGAGGUCAACUUCUCGGGAGACGUCUCUGUUUUAAGCAAUGGCAAAGUUUUUCCGGUGCAACCUACGUCAACAAACGGGAAUUCGGAAUAACAUAGUGACGUUUGAUGAAGGCCUAUUCGUUUUCGUUUUCCUAUUCGUAACUCGAGAAGUUGAUGCACACAAACCCUUUGCCUUUAAAUAUACAUAUACAAGAAAAAUGCAUAAACAUAUAUCCAUCGUGUCCCUUUAUUUAACCGUUUUAAGCACCUGAGACCAUAAGUAAAGCAAAAACUGGUCGCUGAAAAUUCGUAGAAGAUGUCGACGAGACUUUACAUAAAGUACAGCCUCCAAGCAUAUAUGUAAAAAUCAUAUUUUAAUCAUGUUUCAACAAAACACAAAACACUAUUUAAAUUUAGAUUCCAACAAAAGCAUUAUUCCAUACAAACUUUAACCCUGACAACCGUUGAUAUUCGUAAAUAAUCAAUAAAAUUGAAUUUUGUUUUGAUAGAUGACGCAUCAUAUUUACAUGAGAAGGUUUUAAAUACAUUUUGUUGUUUGGUAGUCUAAAAUGUUGCAAGUACAGUAAGUUUGUUAUAAACACGGCAACAUUGGUCAAAUCACGAGUAGUCUAUUGUAUAUAGUCCUCAUGGAAUAGGAGCAUAUUGUGUGCUUUUCACAAGCUGAUGUCAAUGUUCAGUUAAUUCAAUAUGUGCAUGUAUUGCACAAAAAAAACGACAUGAUGACCGGAUUAUACACGGAUGAUAUACCAGUUUAACUAUAUCGUGGUAUCUUUAUCUUUCUGAACUUAAGUAUACUCCGUUACAAAACGCCUAUAAUUCCCAACGAUAUUUGAGUCGCGUCAUGCGAAAAUCCGUUUCUGCCAUAUGCGACCAGCAUAGCUCAUACCAGUCUGUGCAUUUGCGCAGUGUUGUCAGGAGCGACCGCUAUAAAGUCACGUAAGGUUUCGUGGCCUCAUAAGCGUACAGAUUAGCUCCUGAACGGUCUGCACAAAUGCUAAGAAUCGUAAAAUCAGAAAAGCGCAGUAUAUUGUGUUCUUAAUAAUCAAAACAAGAAUACAGUGGAAAAAUUAGUUAGUAAAAGUCUACAUCUAGCAUAAAACCGAUGGAUUCAUGUGAAAAGUGCAUGUCCCGAAAACAUUUGUAAACCCGUUAUGUGGUUUACCGUUUGUUAUAUGUUCACCUGAAAUUGACGAAGGAAAAGAGGGUCAGAGCGACGAUUCGUGGUUUAAAUUUAGAUUGAGAGAAGAAAUUGUUUUAAAUAAAUUUGGUACUAUGUUGAAAUCAAGUCGAAAAAAGUUACAUAUCAUGUAUUGUUUAUAAUACCUUACAAAUUUGUUGUUUCUCAAAUAAGAAUAUUUUGGAAGUUAUUCGGCUAUACAUAAAUCUGUUUAAACAAUGUGUCCGUCGGGGUUGUACAGUAGUGACCCAAUAGCCAUGAUUUUAAUUAACAUAGUUCAUAAUCACUAUUUGAUGACGCAUUCUAACUAUUAACACUCUUGGUCUUGCGGUAAUGUUGUGUGUGUUUUCAAAUUUGUCUAUUCAUAUAAUAUAACACCCGAUGUAUGGUGGCGACCUCAGUUUUAUUCAAUUAUGUGUUGUUGUUUUGUGCUUAUGUUUGUGUUGUGUUAUGUGCUAUUGUUCUGUGUGACGGGGAUUUGCAAUGUAUUUCUUGUCAAAAAUAAACCAACACAUGUAACAAUAAUCUUAUUUUCUGCUGGUACAGCUGAUGCUUUUCUUUUUUUAAUUGAAAUUAAGUUGUAAAUGGCAAAAUAAA